UUGUUCAGGCCCUAAACAAAUUGUUUGAUAGGAUAGGAGGUGGAAACAGCAGAAAGCGGCCAUUUUCGCUUCUUCGAGUACUAGACAGGAAGGAAGAAGGAUGGGAGUGCAGAUUUUGGGGCUCUGUUCACCCACUCCUGCUGCGUGGGUUCACGUACCUGAAACUCGAAACAAGUCAUUACCAACUGCAGCACUCGCAACUACUGCUUCUCUCUCGUCUCCACCUCCCACUAUUCAGGUUGUUGGUGGAAAAACUCCAAGUUGGAAUGGAAAUGUAAAUUACAAUUCCAGUGUCCCUGUUGAUGGUUUUGUAGGCGACGCUGAUUGGGUUGAUCUUGAUACAGAUCUUUAUUAUUGGACCAAGGAUCUGCGCCCUGUUCAGUGGUAUCCGGGUCAUAUUGCCAAAACCGAAAAAGAACUGAAAGAGCAACUUAAGUUAAUGGAUGUUGUGAUAGAGGUGCGAGAUGCAAGAAUUCCUUUGUCCACAACCCAUCCACAGAUGGAUUUAUGGCUUGGAAAUAGGAAAAGGAUCCUAGUUUUGAAUAGAGAAGAUAUGAUAUCCAAGGCAGACCGGAAUGCUUGGGCUAAUUAUUUUUCAAGGCAGGGAAUAAAGGCUGUCUUUUCCAAUGGCAAACUUGGAAUGGGUACUAUGAAGCUGAGCCGGUUAGCAAAGUCAUUAGCUGCAGGUGUAAAUGUCAAACGCAGAGCAAAAGGGCUUCUCCCUCGCCCAGUUCGAGCUGGAAUAGUUGGCUAUCCAAAUGUUGGAAAAUCAUCUUUGAUCAACCGUUUGUUGAAGCGUCGGAUGUGUGAAGCAGCUCCUAGACCUGGAGUUACAAGAGAAUUGAAAUGGGUUCGAUUUGGAAAAGAACUUGAGUUUCUGGACUCACCUGGCAUAAUCCCAAUGCGGAUUAGUGAUCAAUCAGCUGCUAUAAAGCUUGCUAUAUGUGAUGACAUUGGGGAGAGAUCCUAUGAUGUGGUUGAUGUAGCAGCAAUUCUUGUAAGGAUGCUGACAAUGAUUCCAUCUGUAGGUGUGAAGGCUCUUCAUAACCGCUACAAGAUUGAUGCAGAUGAGCAUAUAUUUAUUCAAAAGCUUGCAGUCCACUUGUUCAAUGGGGACACCCAUCAAGCAGCCUUCCGUAUCUUGUCUGAUUUUCGGAAAGGCAAAUUUGGUUGGGUGGCACUGGAGAGGCCCCCGAGGUAAUGCUGUUGGUAGCUUUGAAUGGAAUGACUGAUGUUCUAAAGCUCCCACUCAUGAUGUCUAUGAUGCCUUGAGCCUGCCAAGUUUCGUAAAUUUGUAGAUAUCGAUCUUGGUAUGUUAGGGAGCCAUAGGAAGAGGGAGAAAGCUUCCAAUGCUCUAAACUCUUGAAGCAAAUGUAGCCGGUGCAACGGGAAACUCUGGGGAGACCCAACUCUAACCGGUGUAUUUAAAAUGAGGAUUUGGACCAAGCAUUUGAUUGUGUACUGGGUCAUCUGUUUCUCAGGUUUUUCAAAUCAUCGUCUCCAGAGAAGUUGCAGCAAAAGCAGUUGCAAUAUUUUGUAUUUAUCCAGUAUAGCAAAUCGCUUGUUUAACCUCUGAUGAAAAGACUAUGCGUUGUGUUUAUAUCAAAACUUGUAAUGGCCUAGUAAAUAUCAUUUUUUGCAGA